UACAGCUGUGCAACUACGUUUGUUUUGCAGGCUAAUGUCACAAUCAGCAGCGUUACAACUUUUCCACGCUUGACAGAAACGUCGGGUGUUUUUAAUCUCAAGAACGAUUGAGGUUUCGUUCGGGAAAAAAGUUCACAAAAAUCUCUUCACUGAUGAGAUGCCGCCAAAGUGCAAGUUCCAAGAAGGGGAGAAAGUUCUAUGUUUCCAUGGCCCGUUGAUAUAUGAAGCAAAAUGUCUGAAGGCUCAGAUCACGAAAGAGAAACAGAUCAAGUAUUUAAUACACUACGCUGGGUGGAAUAAAAACUGGGACGAAUGGGUGCCGGAGAGUCGUGUUCUUAAAUACAACGAAGGGAAUGUACAGAAGCAAAAAGAAGUGCAACGUGCACACGCCGCUCAACAAGCAUCUCAAAAGGGGAAAAAGGCCACUACUGCUUUAAAGACACAGGGUCGAAAGUCUGAAUCUAGUAAUAAGGACAAAGAUGUCGAAAGCAGAGCUAGCACACCUGGCCUAACUAACGAGAAGAUGGGUGGCCGCUCAAAUAAAACUACGGGGGGUUCCAUUACGCCGUCUUCUCAUGACUCGUCAUCGGAUGCAUCACGAAAAAAGAGAAGUCGCAUAGAUCCAUCCGUAGAAACGGAGGAACAAUUUCUAACAAAAGUGGAAGUGAAAGUAAAAAUGCCAGAUGAAUUGAAGCCAUGGUUGGUCGACGACUGGGAUGCCAUCAGCAGGCAACGCAAGCUAGUAAUUCUGCCUGCGAGACAUACCGUGGAUCAAAUUCUAGAUGACUAUGUUAAAUUUAAGACCUCUAGCAAAACUAAUAAUCCAAACAAGGAGAGUGCCGUAAUGGAGGUGACAAAAGGUCUACGUGAAUACUUCAACGUAAUGUUAGGAACACAAUUAUUGUACAGAUGGGAGCGCCAACAGUACGGAGAAAUUAUUUCCGAAAAGCCUGGGACUCCACCCAGCCAAAUAUACGGAGCAUUCCAUUUGCUUAGGUUAUUCGUGAAACUUGGAAGCAUGCUAUCCUACACUCCUCUAGAUGAAAGAAGCAUCCAGCUUCUGCUGGCGCACAUUCACGAUUUCCUAAGAUACCUCCACAAGAACAGCAGCGACCUGUUCAGCCUUCAAGACUACGGCGCGGCAUCCCCGGAGUACCACCGGAAGUGCAGCUGAAAUUAUUUUAUAUAUUUUUCUACAUAAAGGCUCAGCUCAUGUGUUCCCGUCUCGCGCAUAAUUCAUUUAUCCGCUCGGCAUCGCACAUUCACCGCGUCAAGAGCGACUUCUGCGGACAAUAAACACCAAAUGUUGACAUUCA